AUGUCAGAGAAGGAGAUUGAAACUGUGAACCUUAAAGAACAAAAAAUGUCAUCAGAAGCCAUCCAUGUAGAGACUGAUGAGGCUCAUGAAGACCAAGGUGAUAUUGAACACACGCAAGAGAUCAGCGUGGACGUCAUUACUGACACGGACACACUUUUACAAGAAGGAAACAGCGCUGAUUCAACUUCCAAAGACCAGAAAUACCAAGACGAUAUAAACCAACAAGGAAGUGAAAACAGCAAGAACAUUUCUUUCAGUGAUGUUGGAAACUCAACAGCAACGGUUAAAAUCUUGCUGAUGCCAGAGAGGCACAUGAUAACUGUGGCCUUCACCAUUGGCCUCACAAUCCUGGACCUGAAAAAACACUUCAGCUUUGAGAUGAGAGUCCCAUCUGACAUCAUACAAAUCACUUUAGACGAGAAAAAUGUAGAUGAUGACCAGACACUGAUGGAUAUUGGCGUGCAGCCUCAUGGGAUGAUCCAAUUCGAGAUGAGCUCGCUAGACCCAGAAAAUUACCCCAUGAGACCAGUCAAACCACAGCAAGAGUACAACAUGCCAGAUGUCAUUACUGUCAGAGUGCAAACUACAGCAGACACAUAUCAGGAUGUGGUGGUAGAGAUUGAGAGAGCCACUCAGGGGAAGGCUUUUCUGGGAGGAUACCGUCACAAGUUGACCAAAGCAGAGUAUCACCAUGCUGCUAUACAGACGGUGCCCAAGAAGAGGCCAGACAGAGGCAUUCAGAUGUUCAGCAGGGAUACACAGACUGUUAAACCAAGCAAGAACCAAGUUCAGCAGUGCUCCAGAAAUGCUGCAACUCAGAUGAGAAAGAUUGGCUGCUAUGUGUCCAACAUGGAAGACAAGCUCAUCAGCCCAGGCACUUACAUCACUGCAGAAGAGUAUCACAGCAAGAGACUGAGAGCUGUCAUUACACUACAGUCAUAUGUCAGACGCUGGCUAGCCAAGUGUUUCACAGACAGCUUGAGACAGGCUAAAGAGCAGCGUCUGGCAUGGCUAGAAAAUGAAAAUAGAAAGAAGAAAGAGGAGAAAGAGCAGCAGAUCAGAGAUGAAUAUCAACGCAGGAUGAAUCCUGAGACAAAGGGAGACUUUGAUCUUCUUUAUAAUGCCUUGAAAAAAUGGAGGAUAGAGGAGGAGGAACACAUCAAUGUCACCUUAUCUGGUGCGGAGAGAAAGGCAGCUCUGUGCGCUCUACUGGAGCAAGAGACCCAGUUCAUCUCCUCCAUAGAACGACACAGAAUGGCAGCGGCCACGAGGAACCAGGAUAAGGCCAUAAAAGCCUUUCUCAACAAGUGUGCUGAACCAAAGAAAUGGCGUGCAUUUGAUGGGAAGGUGACAGAGAUGGAUACACAGUUCACCAUUAAAGCGAAGGAGUUAAGAGACCUUUAUAGUAGUAUCACCCAGGCUCACUUCACAAAGGAUGAACGUCUGGAUGUGCUACUCUCUCUCAAACAUACUGUAAAGGAGCAUAAAUGCAAGCUAACGCAAGAGAUAGUGGACUUGGUUGAUAGGGAGAUGGACCUGCUGAUGAGGGGCAUGAAAAAGAGUAACCUGGAGGGGUUAAGGAAGAGAAUAUCCACCCUUUUUCUCCAGUACAUCAAAACCCCUGAGUUCAACCCUCAAGCAUCCAGAUAUCUGCGGGUGCCUCGGGAUCCUGCUGACUUGAAAAAGAACGUCUAUUUGUGUCGUGGCUGUAAUGAGUAUCAGUCAUCCACUAGCUUUCCUCUAAAGACUAAUGAAUCGGCAGUCGGCCUCUGUCGUCACUGUAUGGAAUUAGACAAUGAAGCCCGUCGAAGAGAAGACUUCUCUCUUUACAAGAACAUCCUCAGGUGCCUUCGUGACACUGAAGCCGAGAGCAGCCCAGGUGCCAAAGUCACUUACCUUCUCCAGGACCAGGACCUUCAAUACCUGGUAGAUGUCCUGUGGGGGGCUCAGUCGGCUUUGAGCGGCUGGAAAGAUCUUCAUGAUUUAAAAUUUGUGCGCUGGGAGAAGCAUUUGGACUGGAGUCCAUGGAAUUGCAUCCUCCUUACAAAGGAUGAGGCGGCUGCACACCUCAAACUGGAGAACAUUGAGAAGGCGUAUGAUCUGGUAGUUAUUCGCAACGUCAAGCAGAAGCAUACACUAGCCCGGAAGUACUUUUCCCAGAUACCUGCAAUGGCUGAAUGUCUGCAUGGUGCGGAGAUUCAACCUGCUGCCCUCAGCAACCUACUGGUUUCCAAGCCCAUCACCGAGGUGACCAAGUAGACUUGCUAAGAGGCUACCCAGAAUCCUGUGUGCUUUCUCAAGGAUGUUUGGAGCUUCAAGGUUUCCCAGACAGUAUCUAAAAUCCAAAACUUCUUGAAUUGUUCAAAAGCAUUUAUUGAAUUUGAAGAAAUUUUCUAUUUUAUUUAUAACCAGGAGUUACAG